GUGUACAAACUGAUUUGGAUGUGUCUGUAGCAUCAACCUUUGCCAUUUUCUUUGAGGGAACAAGAGUACAAGGCAAGGAAAUAUCAACAACGCAGAAAGAGCAAACAGCUUCUUCUUCCCCCAUGCUGCCGCAGAACGAACCUCUGGUUCUCUAGCCAAUCAGAGCCCAAAUUAAGCUUCUCUGCAGCAGGCCAGUUUCAUGAGAGAACCAUGCAGCCAUUCAAUUUACCGUGCAGCAACAACAGCAGCACCAAAUUACCCGUGCCUUUCUUUGUCAUUGCCUGCGUCCUCCUGCUCUCCUUCGCCUCCCCCACCAGCUCCUGCACGGAGCAAGAGAAGAGUUCCCUCGUCGACUUCCUAGAUGGGCUCUCGCCAGACGGCAAUGGCGGCCUCAAUGUGUCAUGGGUGAACAGCACAGACUGCUGCCAGUGGGAAGGAAUAGCCUGCACCAGCGAUGGCGUGGUCACGGAUGUCAUGCUGGCUUCUAAAGGCCUCAAAGGGAGCAUCCCACCAUCUCUCAGCAAUCUCACCGGGCUGCUGCACCUCAACCUGUCCCACAAUUCACUCUACGGAAGUCUGCCAAUGGAACUGGUGUUCUCUAGCAGCAUCAUCGUCCUGGAUGUCAGCUUCAACCGCCUAUCUGGUUCUCUGCAAGAGCGGCAAUCCUCAUAUCCUGGCCUUCCUCUCAAGGUACUGAAUAUGUCAAGCAACUUCUUUACAGGACAGUUCCCAGCCACAACACUGGAAGUGAUGAAGAAUCUGAUUGCUCUUAAUGCAAGCAACAACAGUUUUAUGGGACCGAUGCCAUCUUCUAUUUGCAACCACGCCCCAUCAUUUGCCAUGCUUGACCUUUGUUACAACGAAUUCAGUGGCAUUAUUUCCCCAGAGUUUGGCAAUUGCUCCAUGUUGACAGUACUCAAGGCUGGCCGCAACAACCUUAAUGGGGCUCUACCUCAUGAACUGUUCAGGGCUACCUCAUUGGAGCACCUCUCUUUUCCAAACAAUGGUUUACAAGGAGUUCUUGAUGGUUCCAACCUUGCCAAACUCAGCAAUCUGGUUGUCCUUGAUCUCGGAUCAACUGGGCUCGGCGGCAGGAUGCCAGAUUCCAUUGGCCAGCUGAGAAGAUUGGAGGAGCUCCACAUAGACAACAACAACAUGUCUGGUGAGCUGCCAUUGGCCCUAGGUAACUGCACAAGUCUCAUGUACAUCACCCUCAGAAACAACAGUUUUAGGGGAGAUCUUAGCAGGAUUAACUUUGCCCAGUUGGAUUUGAGAAUUGCAGAUUUUUCAAUGAACUAUUUUACUGGUACAGUUCCUGAAAGCAUCUAUGCAUGCAGCAGUCUAAUUGCGCUGCGGUUGGCUUACAAUAAUAUUAGUGGCCAGUUCUCGCCAAGAAUAGGCAAUCUCAGGUCCCUCUCCUUCCUUUCAAUUACCAAUAACUCAUUCACAAAUAUCACAGAUGCACUUCAGAAACUCAAGAGCUGCAAGAACCUGACCUCCCUGCUUAUUGGAACCAACUUCAACGGUGAAACCAUACCUCAAGAUGAAGGAAUUGAUGGUUUUGAGAACCUUCAGGUUCUGACCAUAGAUGCAUGCCCAUUGGUUGGGAAAAUCCCUCUUUGGCUAUCAAAGCUCACAAAGUUGGAGAUAUUAGAUUUAUCAAACAAUCAACUUACUGGACCAAUACCAUCCUGGAUUAACGGACUGCAACUCCUCUUCUUUCUGGACAUAUCAAGCAACAAGCUUACAGGGGAUAUCCCAACUACAUUGAUGGAGAUGCCGAUGCUACAAUCCGAGAAGAAUGCUGCCAAGUUGGAUCCAAAGUUCCUUGAGUUACCUGUAUAUUGGACACAAGCACGUCAAUACCGCAAGCUCAAUGCUUUCCCCAGUGUAUUGAGUCUCUGCAACAAUAGCUUGACAGGCGUCAUUCCCCUGGAGAUUGGUCAUUUGAAAGUACUCAAUAUCCUAGACUUCAGCUCCAACAGCUUGUCUGGAGAAAUACCGCAACAAAUUUGCAACCUCGCAAGCUUGGAAGUGCUAGACUUGUCAAACAACCAGCUCACAGGUGAACUCCCAUCUGCAUUGAGUGAUCUGCACUUCCUUUCAAAGUUCAAUGUGUCUAACAACGAUCUACAAGGACCAGUUCCAACUGGAGGACAAUUUGAUACAUUUUCAAAUUCUAGCUACAGUGGGAAUCCCAAGCUAUGUGGCCCUGUGCUCAGCUUCCGUUGUGACUCAGUAGAAGCACCUUCAGCCUCCAUAAAAAGGAGGCACAAGAAGACAAUUUUUGCACUUUCUUUAGGUGUGUUCUUCGGGGGGCUUGCCAUCCUUUUCUUGCUGGGACGUCUUCUUUUGUCCAUCAGAAGCAUAAAAUCUGCCAACAGAAACAAGGACAGCAACAACAGGGACAUAGAAGCAACUUCAUUCAACUCUGCUUCCAAGCACUUGAGCGAUAUGAUAAAGGGAAGCAUUUUGGUGAUGGUACCUCAGAGCAAGGGAGAAUCUAACAAUCUUACAUUCAGUGAUAUCUUAAAGGCCACAAAUAACUUUGACCAGCAGAACAUUAUCGGCUGUGGAGGCAAUGGUCUAGUCUACAGGGCAGAGCUACCCAAUGGAUCAAAGCUUGCAAUCAAGAAACUCAAUGGUGAGAUGUGCCUGAUGGAAAGAGAAUUCACUGCAGAAGUUGAAGCACUCUCCAUGGCACAGCAUGAGAAUCUUGUGCCACUGUGGGGUUAUUGCAUCCAGGGAAGCUCAAGGCUCCUCAUAUAUUCUUUCAUGGAGAAUGGGAGCCUGGACGAUUGGCUUCACAACAGGGACGACGCCAACUCAUUUCUUGACUGGCCAACAAGGCUCAAGAUUGCACAAGGAGCAAGCCGGGGCCUUUCUUAUAUCCACAACACCUGCAAGCCUCGCAUUGUUCACCGUGACAUCAAGUCCAGCAAUAUCCUUCUUGACAGAGAAUUCAAAGCUUAUGUUGCAGAUUUUGGCCUCUCCAGAUUGAUCCUUCCUUAUAACACCCAUGUCACAACAGAGCUCGUAGGCACCCUGGGUUAUAUUCCUCCCGAGUAUGGGCAAGCAUGGGUGGCCACGCUGAGAGGUGAUAUAUACAGUUUUGGAGUGGUCUUGCUUGAGCUGCUGACAGGGAAGAGGCCUGUCCAGGUCUUGACCAAGUUGAAGGAACUAGUCCAAUGGGUAAGGGAGAUGAGGUCCCAGGGAAAGGAGAUUGAGGUCUUGGAUCCAGCACUCAGAGGAAGAGGGCAUGAAGAGCAAAUGCUGAAGGUGCUUGAAAUCGCUUGCAAGUGUAUCAACCACAAUCCUUGCAUGAGGCCAACCAUCCAAGAGGUGGUGCACUGCCUGGAGAAUGUAGAUGUGGACCAGCAGGUGCAGAUAUAGUUAAAGGAGAACAAACCUGUAAGUGGUAAUCUUGUACUUCAUCAGACUAGGUUUAACUUCAGUAGAAGAAUGGCAUUCUAACAAAUUGUACAAUUGUGUGUGUAGUGUACAUCUCUGAAAAGGAAAGGCUCACGGUUAUGAGCUCCUGUAUUCAAUUUUCCUUCUCUUUUUUUGUGUGGAAAUACUGCACUUCCAGUUCAAUUGCACGAACAUGGAAAGUGCAUUGACAUCGUGCUUAAUUCGUGUACAUUGGUUUUCUAACAAAUUGUACAGUUAUGUGUACAUCUCUGAAAAGAAAAGGCUCACAGUUAUGAGCUUCUGUAUUCGAAUUUC